GGAGUCGCGGUGGGAGCGCAGAUCACAUUUAAAGCUCAAGGAAGAAGGAAAUAACUAAUGACAACACAGCUGGCUGUUUUUGAAUGACCUACAGAUCUCAAUGGACUGGCCCCUUCUUAUAGUUUUACAAGUGUUAUUUCAGCCCUCUCUCUCAGUCUUGUUCACUGUGGAGGCAGAGCAAAGCCUGUACACGUCAGAGUUUGGAGAAAGUGUCGUGAUGGGCUGCAAGUUCAACCCUAAACCCUCCUAUCCUCACCCUGACCUGAACGUGACCUGGCACUGGAUCAACUCUGACUCCGUUCAGGACGUGAUCCGGCUGGAUAAUGGCGUGGCGCGCUCGGAAUCUCCAAAGUAUCGGGGACGAGUGCAGCUUCUGACCGAGGAGCUGGCGGAAGGCUGGGCUAAACUGAAGAUGUCCAGUCUUAGAAUCAGUGACGCCGGGAAGUACCAGUGUGUGGUUCAUUCAGCGGAUGGAGCCGACUAUAAAACUAUAACGUUGUCUGUUGAAGCAUCUUAUAAACCAGUGACCAAACGCAUUGAGAGGGUUGCAACGGGUGAUGAGGUCCUGAUAACCUGCCAGUCUGAGGGAUACCCUAAGUCAACAGUUGAAUGGCAGAAUGGAAACCUGGAGACACUCAAUCCCAACACCACUGCUGAAUCAACACCAGACCAGAUUUUUAGAAUCACCAGCCAGAUAAAAGUCAGCUCAACAGAAAAAAACAACUACACCUGUAAAUUUACAAAAGACGGCCCCUCCGCAACAAUUUCUAUUCCAGAUGACAUACCACUUCUUCCUGCAAAAAAUGAUGCUGUCAUCAUUAUACUGUGCAUAGGAGUGAUAGUGGUAUUAGCCUCUGUUGGAGUGGUCACCUAUCGACGACGAAAAGGAUCCCACAAUCACAGCACUCACAGCACCAGGAACCUCCUGGAAAGACCUGCUCCUACCGCUGCUUCCUGUCUGAGAAGUUAUGACGACAACUAUGAGAAUGAGAUAACUACUUGUAAUGAAGGCCAUGUGGAGGAAAAUCUGGGGUUGUAUGUGAAAACGCAUUACUCAGAAAGCUUUCUCAGUGCAGAGCGAAGAAAUCAAUGCGGCACUUUCAGUGCGGAGGAGCUGCCUCGCAGACUGCAAAACAAUGAAGGCCACCCUGUGAAUCUUCCUGCUUUACUCCCGGGAGCUGGCGAGACAUUUUUCCUCGAGGGACUUCCCGGAAGUGGGAAAACAACUGUAGCCCACAUCCUGAUCUCAUCCUGGACUGAAUGGCCCACAGAUGCCCUUUCCAACUUCCUUGACCUCAGCGCACUUCGUCUUCUCUUAUAUGUUGACUGCAGCUCCGUGAAGGGCGACUUGUUUCAGGAGAUAACAACUCAGCUUCCACUCACCAAAAAGAUAUCAACAGAAAAGCUGAGAACUCUUUUAAUCACAUCUGGCAAGGCUCUGCUUUUGUUGGACGGCUACAAAGAAGGAAACCAAUAUUUCGAUGACUCAUUAAGGAAGUUUCUAAGUGAACGAACAGGUUGCAGGGUGCUGGUCACGGCCAGCCCAGGACACUGCCCCGUGCUCAGGCAAACGGUUGGGAAUGAAGGAGUUCGAAAGCUUCAAAUACAACCUGCAAAGUACUGAGCUUAAAAAUAAUAUUGUGACCAAGAAAACAUUGUAUAUUAGUUAGAUUUUUAACAAAUGAGGCAAGAGUUUUGUGUUUCUGUGUGUGUGUGUGUGUGUGUGUGUGUGUGUGUGUGUGUGUGUGUGUGUGUGUGUGUGUGUGUGUGUGUGAGUGAGAGUGAGAGUGAGAGAGAGAGCUAGGCGUUUCGAUUUUUUAUGAGCCCAAAUAUGCUGCAGAAUGUACUGAAAAUGAUGUACUGCAUGAUAAUGUGUAUUCAAAGUGAUGCGCGGGAAGUUAUAGAUGUGCAACAAAUUAUAAUUUUGUAUUCUUUGUUGUCUUGAUUUCAUUACAGUGCAAUAGGUUUUUUCAAAAUUCUUUUAGAGAAAGUACAUCAUUUUUGCUGGAAAAGCUGCGUAAUGAAAGCGUUGAUAAGAAACUGGUGUUUGCAGAAUCUAUGAAAGCGGCAAUUAAAAUCUCCUUUUUCAAUACAUGUAACAGUUCAGAUGCAGCAGUGGUUUCUGUUUUAGUUUAAUGUUGGUGCAUGAAAAAGAGAAAGGUCAUAGUUAAGGGUAUCAGCUAGACUGCAAGCAAAGCAGCAACAGCUUCUCUCUGGUGUCAAGAGCAAGAGGAAGUGACUCUUUGAGUGUUCCUGGCAAGAGAUCAUUUAUGCCAGUAAUGUUUAAUUUAGAAAAAGAAAGGGUCUUUUUUUUAAUUCUUUUUUUUUUUAUUUUUGUAGGUUCUUCAUUUUGUGGAAAAGCAAGCAUGUUUACCAAAUUUCAAAUGGCAUCGAGCCAGUAAUUUGUCCGGGUUAACCGUGCAUAUUGUCCUUGUUUUUCUCUCAGCCCUGGUCUGUUGCACUGGUCGACAUCAUCUUUUACUAAACUCGUGAUUGUGUGCUUUUUCGCUACGGCUGGUGACUUUACGUGAUCUCAAAAAGUCCUGAGUCAGCAGUAAACAGCAUGUUGUUGUUAUUUCUUUUAUCAAAUGCACAAAAAGCGAUGAACGUUUGUGUGGUAAAUAGAGAAGUGAAAGAAAACAUGCUUUAAAGAAGAGAAUGAUAUCCAAAUAAUGUGGUUUACUGUAGUUUACAAAGUCACACCCGUGAUGUGCAAUUACCACUGCAACAAAACAGAUGGGGAAAUAUUCCACCAAAGUAGUUUGUUGGCUUUAAGUUAAUACACAACUAAAAUGUGAUUUUAAAAAAAGGACACUCAGUAGAGAUGGGUUUGUGGAAAGCUAAAAGAAGACCGAAUCCCUAAAGACUCGUCACAUAAUUCUACAUGUAGGAUGUACAUGGAGUGUUUAACAGAUCAUUAGAAGUGGGAUAGAAGAAGGAGAACCAUCUCAACAGCACUUUAUUACUUCUUGUUGUUUUUGUUGUAGGCCAAGAGGGCUAAUACCACUCCAAUGCUAAAGGCACGGUGGAGGCUGCAUCAUGUUAUGGGGCUGUUUCUCAGUAGAAGGAACCAUUGUAAUGGUCGGAAAUGAGAAAGAGCAGAGUGCAUGCAACCUAGUCAGCCAUCUACUUAUCUUUCAGUCCUAACGCCCAGACCUUUACCCCAGACAGCAUCUGCUUGAAAAAAGACUUCCUCAACUCCAGGCUUUGCCUUUGUGCACUUUGACUUCAAUUCUUCACCAUUUAAAAAAAAUACAAUCUUCUGUUAGAUCUGUGUGGAAAAUCACACACAACUCUGGGAAUAGCUGUCUACCCAGCUGUCUAACUGCUGGAGUUUAUUAAAAAAAAAAUUCUUCUAUAUAACUCCCUCUUUAUAUCCAGUAGAAUUGAUUAACUGAUUAUCUUUAAACCAUCUGUGAUUUCGUGGUUUUUACUGAUCUGAAUGUCAUCCCUUUUUUAGAUGAUAUGCUUUUUUGACAAUACAACCACUACUAAAGAUGAAAAA